AUGCCAUACACAUGGCCAUACCAGUUCGUCUUAUUCCGCAGAUGCAAGGAUGCCGCACCGGCGCCUGGUCAAUCUAUGAAGCCCUUGGUAGCUACUAUUCUAGACGAAAUUCAUACAGGAACCCUUAUCCAGGAGUCGGGCUAUAGUGCGUUGCAGAGUACCAUGCUUAAAUCAAUUCGUAGGAUCAUCAGAUUUGAUUUUGAUCGUACCAAGAUAGUUCUAACCACAACAUUCCCCGAAUGCAAACGGUUUCUUCACCACUUUAAACUAUCCGAAGAAGAAAUAGAGCAGCGAACCAUUCGCAUGAACCCCAGCAAAGAUACCGCACUCUACCGGGAAGUAAUCAUGUCUUUUCUUGAAGAUGAAGAUGACGACUAGAUAUCCCCUCCUUCCUACCACCAUAGCAUUGUUCGUCGUGUACAUUCGAUCUCAGAGAGGAAUAGUAAAGCCAGUAUCCUGACCAGACAUCGCACCUAGCAUAACAUUGCGAGCGAGAUGAAGCUAUACAACUUAUCUAAGCAUUACCUCCACUAUCAUCUAGGGCCGGCUUAAGGGUUGCUCUGCGGUCGGGGCUACUAGGUUAGGUGACAAAAUGUUGA